GACGGUCGGUACAGGACAGGUGUGCGCUUUAUCACGAAGGGAAAGCCAAGGUCGCGGCUACUAUCAUGGACUACCGAAAGUGAAGCGUAUCGAUUAGAGGAGCGAGCAUAACGCAAUCAAAUGUCAAACGUGAUACACUGUGCGCUCGAAUCGGCGACUUAUCUCCGAUAGAGAGAUAAAGAGAGAGAGAGAGAGAGAGAGAGAGAGAGAGAGAGAGGGAGAGAGAUCUGUUAUCUUUCCGGGGCCUGACAGAAUCGUGGGUCCCAGUCUGGGACAUGCUAGAAAGAGAAAGAGAGGAAGAGAGAGAGAGAUCACCCUCUCGAUACAAUUGCACGCGUAGCAUAAUUGCGUUUUCCAUGCAAUAGCCGUCGGUGUGUCAAAGUAUAUCGCCAUUCGUGAUUUUUUAUCAAGUUUAUCCUCAAUCUCCUAUUCUUCGCCCCCUCGAUAUCAAUCGACCGCCCCGAAUCUCCCACCCACCUUACUGUACGCACAUUUACAUACGCAUAUACAGACACGCAUAUACACACAUACAUAUUGCAGAUACACCUACACCAUCCCACUCCAUCCUUAGCUUCCCAGUGUACCGCGAGUUCAAACGAAAAGUCGGCCUAACUCAGAAUCGCUACAGACGUGCCUUUAGACUGGCAGUGAGUAGUAAACAGCUAAAGAGAACGAAAUCACAAGAAAAUAAAAAAAAAAUAUAUAUAUAUAUAAAUAAAGCAUAUAAUUGCUGUUCAUGUAGGUCAAUUAUAACACCACGUUCAACCGUACAAUCGGGUGUGACAAAGUGGUGGACAAAAGAAAGAAGAAAGAAAGAGGGAAAUAUAUAUAUAUAUACGUAGAUACAUAUAUAGAGAGAUAGAGAAAGCUAGAAAAAAAAGAAAAGAGGGAGGAAGAGAAAGAAAGAAAGAGAAAAAAAUAACGGAACGCUGCUCGAAAACGUUGAUGAUUUGUAAAAUGGCGGUUUGCAUGUUCUGGCUUCUGACCUACGUGGGACAGGGACUGGAUCUGGCGGUGGGCAAUCGACCCGUGAUCAUACAAGUGCAAGGCACACAGGGGCUCGACUAUCGUCACGGAAGCGGUAGCAGCAUUAGAAAAAAGAGCGAAUUGAGCCCGGUAGGAAGCAACCUGUUGCACCUCAGAAUAUACCCUACCGACGGUAGUCCCCACAUGCGAGACGAUUUGUCCAACUGGCUGGUAUUCAACGACGAGCCGCGGAUAACGUCGUGGUCGCCCGCGGGCAUGCUGAUCGACGACAUGGUGAAAGAGCCGCGCGAGCUCCAGAACGUGUUCUUCGCCCUGUCGCCCGCUAUGCUCAACGUCCUCUAUUCCGAGUACGUGACGUCGUCGCAAUCCCAUGCGAUCGCCGCGACCGAGCCCUACGUUCCUCACGACGAGGGUAACAAUCAGCUGAUCGGCGGCGGCCGUCAGCGAGUGAAGAAACGGCGUAUAGGCUGUCGGCAUCCGCGAGGUCCGCUCAGCGUCCUGCCGCCGAUACUGGUGUGCGAUGAGGCCGGUAGAAAGACUACCGCCGCCGCCGCCACCGCCGCCAACGUCCUUCAGGAAUCCAGACAAUCCAAUUAUGACGAUCUCUACGCGGAGCAGAGAUUUAACACUGCGACGAGUACGAAGACUGAUCCCGCGGGCGCCGAGGCCGGCACCACCCUUAACUUACCCACGAACGGCGGCUUCAUCCCGAAGGCCUUCGCCUAUGAGACUGGCAAAUUACCCGGUAGCAAGCGGAAUCAGAUCACGGUCGGACGGCGUUCGAUCGACGCGCAACGAGAGUCCCCAGGACACCAGGCUCAAGCGUCCUCGAUGUCCUCGGCCGGCGCGAGCAUCGCCUCGCACCUGAUGCUGAGGUCCAUCCGGGGAAGCAUACAGUAUGACGUGCCGCAAGUCGAAUGUCCAGUCUCCGAAGACGGAAUGGAAAGAUUCGCUUGUCCGAGUGCGGAUAGAAUGGGUAGAUAUCAUUGCAUCGACGAUCAUGUCCUAUGCGACGGCUUUGUAGACUGUCCCAACGGCGAGGAUGAAGACAGACAUGAUUGUAUGUUUUACAAAACCACGAAAGCGCAUCUGGACGUAUUAGCGGACGCCAUACUACGAUGGGCGAGGGGACGCUAAUUCCUUCUUUGUUGACGAUGAACCUCCAAUCUGUACAUAAAAUCACAAGUCUAAUACGUCUACUUCUUUAUAUAUAUAUUCAUUGAUAUCUUUUUCUCCUACAUUAAUCUAUUUUCCGGAAACUGUUUUCUCUCUAUGUUGGGCGCAUAGAGACGUUCAUAUUGAAAUCAAACUCAGGGGAACGUUAAGAUGAACUGUCUCUCUCUCUCUCUCUCUCUCUCUCUCUCUAUAUCUCUAUCUCUAUACCUUGCUCUGUACUUCUCUCUCUUUCUAUCUCUAUCUGUUACUCUGUGCCUCUUUCUGUCCUUUUCUCUCUCUCUCUCUCUCUUUCCCAGAAAUGAAUACGGCCGCUCGAAUUAAUCUCCGAGAGGACACGGCAUGGUUCUAACUACACUAAAAAUCGGUUAGCAAGGUCUAUUUCGUAACCAAGAUAUCCUCACAUAAAGUACAAAUUAUAAGGUGUCCGAACUUUUAGGAUGUUAUAAAUAAAGUUCGUAAGAGAGUUAUGGCAUUUUAACGCCGCUGUGUAUGGCGCACGAGAGUACCCGACUUGAAUAAUAAUUUCAGUUCUAAGCAUAUCUAUACCAGCUAAUAUAUACCACACAGAUGAUGUAUUACGAUUUCAUAUUGAGCGAUUUCCGCGAGAUCGUACUAACUCUUUAACGACUUUAUUUUGGUAUACAAUAAAGUAAUUUUGAAGACUGAGAACUAUUUACUUCAUUCCCAGAGUAAACACGCGGCUUCGCGCCGAAUCGAUAGGAACGAACGAUAUCGUACCGUUUGGCAAGGAACGGGCACGUGUACCUAGAGAUUUCCUCCUAGAGUACUUCCUAAAAGAUUGUAAGAGAAAAAUGUACUCGUUUUUAAUCAAAUCACUCCGCAAAUAACGUUGACGCGUAUAUAAAACAAAUAAUAUAAUAAUUAAAACUCAAUGUCGAUCCGGUCUUCUGGUACCGACACGAAGAGACGUCUCCUUCGCCUUGUGUGCACGCUCCAUGUUUUUUCGUCAUCGAUAUAUCUCUAAAUAAUUAAUUUAUUUCGAAUUUAUGGAAAAAUGUUCGCGAAUAAAGACAAAGUAAAUGCUUUCAUCAAAAAAAAAAAAAAAAGAAAAAAAAGAAAAAAAAAGAAA